CGGUCAUGCAGUCCUCGGCCCCAUUCAGGAAAGAGUUUGAACAGCGCGUGGAAAACGAAGUUCAGAACGAUUCGACCAAAUCGUUCCCGAAGUUUGAUGCGAUCGUCCAUAACUACAACAUUUGUCAGAAACAGUGGACAGAAAGUUCAGCCCAAUCGGUGGAUGUUGUAGGACCGCAAAUGCCGUCGCGGGCAGGUGUUGGCAGUGCAAAUCGACAGGGCAUUACCUCCGGGACUGCCCUCAACGCUCCGGCAAGGCGCACACGUCUAGUUUUUCUCGCAGGUCCGGCGGAGCUCAACAGCAAAGCGACUCUCAGCGACAACUUGCGACUUUUGUCGGCUCCUUGUACACGCAGCAAGGAGGCAACUCGUCAUCAGGACGCUCGCAAGCCCCCCCCCAUGUCUCAGUUCCAAUCGCAGGCAAAGAGAAUGGCCGAUUUUUACCGACCCCGAUACCAACAAUCACAGAACCGUCAACCUCCAGCACCAUCGCAGCAGCAACAACAACAAAAGGGGGGGGCAUCGGCGCAAGUUAUGGAAAUUGGUGAGGUCCCAGACGAUCUGGAUGACCUGGAUUUCCGUGCGAUGUCGUUGGGGGAGGAUAUUCUACCGCCGCCAACCAAUCCUUUAUUACCGGAGUCGGGAACUUAA